AUGACGAAUGCCUUGGGCGCCAACGUGGAGACGAUGAGCGAAGGCACUUCAGCCAAUGUUUGUAGACUACUUGGGGCCAAUAUCUUAGCCAAUGUGAGCAGCCUACAUGGGGACAAUAUUUUAGCCAGUGUGGGCAGCCUACACAGGGCCAAUAUUUUAGCCAAUGUGGGCAUGUUUGGGGCGACAGAUAUGAACACUAAAGGGAUCAUUCUGCGAGCCUUUGACCAGUUCAGGCUAAAACCACGCAUGGACUUCCAGCCCAGAGACUCUGAGAUGUACUACCUGACAAUUGAGAAACGUACAGGGUGCUCCUCCUAUGUAGGGAGAACGUUUCCAAAUGGACAGGUUGUUUCCAUUGGACAGAACUGUGAUAUUAUCGCCAUCGUGGAACAUGAGCUUCUACAUGCUCUGGGCUUCUGGCAUGAGCAGUCCAGAUAUGACAGGGAUGAGUAUGUAACCAUGGUCAAUGAAAACAUCCUAGAAGCAUCUGCGGUCACAUUCCUAGAGACAUGCAGCAUUGAGGACAACCAGGAGUGUGGUAUGACCCUCUGUGCCAGUAUCAGUGCCAGCUGGGAGAGAGUGGGCAGUGUCCAAGAGGGGCCAACCUCAGACCACACCAAGCUGGGUCCUUUAAGGGGUCACGAGAGGAACUUUGUGAAAGUCUCUCCCCAUUAUUCGACCACCCUGGGUUUCCCGUAUGACUACAGCUCGGUGCUGCAUUACAGUGAGACAUCCUUCAGCAAGGGAGAGGGACCUACCAUCAUCACUAAGCAACCUGAGUACCAAAAGAUUAUUGGACAACGCCUUGAAAUGAGCCCACAAGAUGCCUUAAUGCUGAACAAGCUAUACGGCUGCAAAAAAUCUAUUUCAUUUAUGGAACAUUGCAACUUCGACAACCGGAGAUUGUGUGGGAUGAGUCGCUGCACUAAGAGUUUGGUAGGUGGCUGGAAAAGAAUGAAGACUGUCAUUGGGGGGCCCUAUUCUGAUUUCACCAACCUGGGGAAGACAGACGGUACUGGUUUCUUUAUGCACGCCAGCACAGCGUCAGGCCAGGAGGGGGACACAGCCCGGCUGGAGAGCAGGGAGAUGACUCCCAGUAGGAAGUGCAGUGUCCAGUGUCUGCAGUUCUACUACUACCACAGUGGUAACGAGUCAGACCAGCUCAACAUCUGGAUGAGAGUGUAUCGUGAUGAGAGAAACCCUAAUGGAACUCUACACCACAUGGGCCAGAUCACAGGUUCCCCAGGAUCUCACUGGAUGCCCUACCACGUGCCCCUGAAUGCCACCAAAACGUUCCAGGUGGAGUUUGAGGUGCGUAAAGGAGCAGGACAGUCUACAGGUGGGUUUUCCAUCGAUGACAUCAACCUGUCAGAAACCGAAUGCCCUCAUCACACCUGGCAGAUUAAAGACUUUGAGAAUCUUUUAACCACCAGUGACAUUAACACUGUUGUGUACAGCCCCAGAUACUACUCCCCAGAGGGCUAUGCCUACCAGAUUUUCAUUUAUCUUCGUGAAAUGUUGUUUGGAGUCUAUGUGCGCUUAGUCUCAGGAAAGUAUGAUGACCAACUCCAGUGGCCUUGCCACCAUCGACAAGUGACGAUUCAACUGCUGGACCAGAAUCCCCACACUCAGCAACGCAUGUCCAAGCAAAUCAGCAUUACCACUGAACCCUCACUUCAGGACGACUAUGAUUCCUGGAACAAUCCCCGUAAAGUCGGAAUGCUAGAAAACAGGGGUGAUGAGUCCUUCUAUGUAAACCCUGCUGUUGGCUACUUAAAAUUCCUAACCUUGACGCAACUGAAGCAUAGACAAUUCCUCAAGGGAGGCAACAUUUUCUUCCUCAUCACCAUGCAAGAUAUCUCCAGUCUGCAUUUUACCAACUCCCUGCCCUGUCCCAAAUGGUCACCACAGAACUUAAUUAUAAACCCAAACAACCGUGAUGAAGGCCCAUGUGCCACAAAGUAAGAAAGAUCAGAUCAAGGACAGAUUAGCAUAGAUUUGACUCAUUCCAGGUAAAUAUUGUAUUUUUAAAAUUUAAAAUCAGUAUGCCCAUGGUCAUUAUGUUAUUUAGAUUCAUUUAAUUGUAUUAUGUUCUAUAUUUAUUGUAAACAUCUUGCCCACCUAAAUGCCAUCCUGGGACAGAUUAUGCCUAUUGUAGUCUUAACUAUAAUAGGCCAGUAUUGAUAGCAAGAUUUACAUCUAGUACCUGUUGACCACAUUCUCGUUAUCCUGCUUCAGUAUGUGUUAACAUGUCCUAUGUUUAUUUAUAAUCAUAACUAACCACUGACUGUAAUUCUGUCAUAUAAACACACACUUUGCAUAAUACUGGAUGUAUGUUUUAUGAGAUUGAAAAAGCAACAAAUUGGGUGAUUUGAAUUUUUCCCCUGUGACACUAAAUUUUGUUUGUGAAAAUUAGAAUAUCCUCAGUGUAGGUCAUUUGUCCAGUGAAAAAGUUAGGUUUGAGCCAUUUAUCUGCAUAUACUGUUGAAGUCGGAAGUUUACAUACACUUAGGUUAGAGUCAUUUAAACUAGUUUUUCAACCACUCCACAAAUGUCUUGUUAACAAACUGUAGUUUUGGCAAGUCGGUUAGGACAUCUACUUUGUGCAUGACACAAGUCAUUUUUCCAAAAAUUGUUUACAGACAGAUCAUUUCACUUAUAAUUCACUGUAUCAAAAUACCAGUGGGUCAGAAGUUUACAUACACUAAGUUGACUGUGCCUUUAAAUAGCUUGGAAAAUUCCAGAAAAUGAUGUCAUGGCUUUAGAAGCUUCUGAUAGACUAAUUGACAUUAUUUGAGUCAAUUGGAGGUGUACCUGUGGGUGUAUUUCAAGGCCUACCUUCAAACUCAGUGCCCCUUUGCUUGACAUCAUGGGAAAAUCAAAAGAAAUCAGCCAAGACCUCAGAAAAAAACAUUGUAGACCUCCACAAGUCUGGUUUGUCCUUGGGAGCAAUUUCCAAACACCUGAAGGUACCACGUUCAUCUGUACAAACAUUAGUACGCAAGUAUAAACAUCAUGGGACCACACAGCCAUUAUACCGCUCAGAAAGGAGACACCUUCUGUCUCCUAGAGAUGAAUGUACUUUGGUGUGAAAAGUGCAAAUCAAUCCUAGAACAGCAGCAAAGGAGCUUGUGAAGAUGUUGGAGGAAACAGGUACAAAGUACCUAUAUCCACAGCAAAACAAGUCCUAUAUCAACAUAACCUGAAACGCCACUCAGCAAGGAAGAAGCCACUGCUCCAAAACCGCCAUAAAGAAGCCAGACAACGGUUUGCAACUGCACAUGGGGACAAAUAUCAUACUUUUUGGUUACUAGUGGUUAGAGCGUUGGACUAGUAACCAGAAGGUUGCGAGUUCAAAGCCCCGAGCUGACAAGGUACAAAUCUGUUGUUCUGCCCCUGAACAGGCAGUUAUCCCACUGUUCCUAGGCCGUCAUUGAAAAUAAGAAUGUGUUCUUAACUGACUUAAGAAGUAGUUAAGAAGUAGUUAGUUAAAUAAAGGUUAAAAUGAAAUUCAAAUAAACAGAUUUAUUAAAUAUUAAUUCAUAAUGUUUUGCAUUUUGCUCGGACUUAUACCCUUCGGUUUAAUCUUUGAUUUCUCGUUUAUUCCACAAGCAGCUGUGUCUUUGUGUCAUAUGUUUGUACAUGCAGGUAUGAUCCUCAUCAUGAUCGUCCUGAGUUGAUGGGGAUGAUUUCUAGUGAAAAGGCAAAGGUUGGCAUGACAAUGUAAGAUUAUGUGUUAUUGACAUGUUAAUUGUUUACUCCAUGUGUAACUCUGUGUUGUCUGUUCACACUGCUAUGCUUUAUCUUGGCCAGGUCGCAGUUGCAAAUGAGAACUUGUUCUCAACUAGCCUACCUGGUUAAAUAAAGGUGAAAUAAAAUAA